AUGCCUGGGACACCGAGCCAAGCCAAGGCGAAGAAGUGCCAGAGAGCCUGCGAGCGAUGUCGGUCGAUGAAAGUCAAGUGCUCAGGCUCGAGUCCUUGUACUAGGUGUGCCCGUAAGAAGAAGCACUGCCACUUUCCAGUGGAGGAGGUGCGGGUCUCGGUGUCGGAACGAUACUUGCGAGAGCUCGAAGAGCAGAUCUCCAGAAGCGGAACAUCCGUACGGCAUGCAAACCUAGAAGUUAAUGCCUUGGGUGAUGCCCUAUUUACUGGUGAUGACAAUGUCGAUGUUCCCUCCACUCCCCGGGCAUUGCUAGAAAACCGAGAAGAUACUCGAUGGAGAACUAACCCAAAUGCAUUGGGUGCCGCUCUACACACUCCAGAGACCCCUCACAGGGAACAUGAAGACCCUGAAGCUGAGCAUGAUAUUCAAGGAUCCCGAUUUUCACGUAACCCGCUAGUCGACAGAGAUCCAUCCUUUGCACAGACACCAGAUGGCCGUUUCUGGUAUAUGGGGCCGACAUCGUCAUGGUCCUUUUGUCGUCGAGUCCUCGCUCUCAUAGGACGAAAGGUUCCCGAGUCAAACUUCCAGUCUGAUCCUUUCCAUAUUGAUGGAACUGCGUUCAGGUUGCAUUGGCGGCCAUUCCCCCCAGACGAAGUACCCGAUGUCACCAACCUGCCUCCGUUGGACUACGCCCUCUUUUUGUUUAACACAGUCAAAUUCUAUUUCGGAUUUCUGUCUUUUAUGAUUGACGAACCAGCUUAUCUACGAGAGCUACAUGAAUUUUAUAAAGACCCAGCAGCCAAGGCUGCCUCUGCUAGGCCUUGGUAUUGUCAAUACCUACUUGUGCUGGCCUUUGGAAAGGCAUUCCUGACGCAGAAAAACUCUUCCGGAACGCCACCUGGUCAUCAAUAUGCUUCACGGGCUAUGGCUCUCUUACCAGAUCUGUCAGGCAUAGACGAAGAUCCACUGGCCUGCAUCCAGGCACUUAGUCUGGGUGCAGUAUAUCUUCAAUCAAUAGAUAUGAGAAGAGCAGCUUUUCAACACAUUGGACAAGCCUUGCGUGGUUGCAUUAUCGAGGGUAUACACAGGCAUGUACCAGAGGAAAUAUGUGGGCCAGAACUCUCUCAAAGGUGCAGAACAAUCUUCUGGGUGGUUUAUAUGUUAGAUCGAGAAUUCUCUGCCCUAAUUGGUGCCCCGAGCUCUAUUCGUGAUGAAGACAUUACAGUGAAAUUACCAGCAGAGAUGGAUGAUUCAGUGGAACAUAUCAACUUGACGUUACAUGUUCGACUUUCGCGUCUUAUGGCUCGAAUCUUGACAACUGUCUACGGAGUAGGCAACGAAUAUGAUGAUACUCUCGUUCGGAGUACACAGUCCAUUCUUCACAGCAUGGCAGAACUGUCGCAUGAUCUCACGGCAUUCUUAAAUACCCAAUUCCACGGAUUAAUAAGCCGUGCUUCAAAGAUGGCAAUACGACUAAUGCUAGCGCAUCAUCAUGUGAGUUCUUCCAACACACCGCCUGUUGCGUCUCUUUUACAAUGCUGCGCCGAAUCCGCUCAAACGCUUCUACAAACGCUCCGUACACUGGCAGAUGACGACUUGAUGGAUGCAUUCUUACCAUUCCAAAUUGAAGAUGCCUCAUCUUCUGCGUUUGUUUUAUAUUUGAUCCGCGCGAUUGCUCCAUCGCUUAUAUCUAACGACUCGUGGUGCGACAAUUUGGAAUGCGUACUAGAUAAACUCAUUGCGAAGGGCAAUCUAGCUGCGCCACUCCGACGACUAGAAUUGAGACAGCUGGAGCAAAUAUUGGCACCUUUGACACCACGGUUGACUAACCACUCCUUGCCUGCAGCUAGUCUGGGUGACGGCAGUGACAAUAAUGAAGAGACUUAUACGUUCGACCAAGAUGAGUUCGAGUGGGAUAUGCUUGCGCUCAAUUCCUCGGUCAGCCUUCCACCACGAGAGUUGCUUGAUCUUGCGGACCAGUUGGAUGUGGACGGUAUUAUGCAAUCGGUUGGGGUCUAA